ACUACAUCAAGCCUGACUUUUGCAGCACGCAUGAGAACGUCGCAGGUGACGUUUACUAAAGCAGGGGCUGUGAGAUUUCUGCUAUAAAGUGCUGAUUCAAGAUGAAAACAUGGACGUGUAUCGCCGUAUUCGUCUGCACCACACUAAAUUUGGUAUGGGCUGUAAACGAAAUCGUCUUCCCGAGUGAAAACUGCGAACUUGAGCCAGACCCAGGAAUCUGCAGGGGAAUGUUGAAGAUGUGGUUCUACAACUCCACCUCGUUUAGGUGUGAAACAUUUCACUACGGAGGUUGCCUCGGGAAUGACAACAAGUUCGAAAGCAUAGAUGAGUGCAACAAGAAAUGCAGAGAUCCUGUACUCGGAGUAUGUGCGCUGCCCGAGCCCGAGCAAGUUUGCCGCGCUGGAUAUCGGGGCUACAGAUUCAACGCAUUGAAGCAACGAUGCGAGUCUUACAUCUACUGCAACAAAAACUCAAAUCAUUUCACAACGAUAGAAGAGUGCGAAGAACGAUGUGGCAAGUUUGCACAAGAUCCAUGCUUUCUGCCGAAGCACGCUGGCCGCAACUGCACCACGGAUGCUCGCAUGCAAAACUACUGGUUCAACAGUGAAUCAAAAUCGUGUGAACUCUUCGACUACAACGGAUGCGGAGGAAACGGAAAUAACUUUGUCGAAGAAUCGGAGUGCUGGAGCACUUGCGGCAAAUACGUAGAGAACAACUGUGCAUAUCCAAUUAAAUCCGGAUACUCGUGCGCAAGCGGAUCAAAAGAGGUUGUGUUUGGAUAUAACACCCAAACCAGGAGAUGCGAGAGAUUCGUUUACUCCGGCUGCGGUGGCUACCCGAACAGGUUCCAAAGCGCUAGCGAGUGCUGGAAGACGUGUGGACUGAAUUCCGGAAGCAAGUGCACGGAGCCAGGACCUAAAAACAGCCUAGGACUCGUGAAGAAAUACUACUACGAUAUACAAACGGACAGCUGCAAGAGUUCGCGAUACUCGCCCUUUUCUGGCAAAAAGAAUCGAUUCGACACAUUGAUCGACUGCGAGAACGAAUGCAAGGGUAACUUCACCUACAUCAGCGAAAUCAUCUGAGAUGACAGCACAUCGAGCAUGCAGAGCGAUGGCCUAGCUUGGCAAAAUGCUCCAAUUUUUUUGUUAUGUAUGUGGUAACGCACAACUAAACAUAUUUCACGAGGUCACAAAUCAAGAAGACAAAAAAAAUGUAACUCGUCUCCUCCACAAUUCCAGACUUUGAAGAGCUUCCAUUCACAUGCGCAUUAUGUCAAGUUACCUAUAAUAAACAAUGAAAAUAUUUUUUCUACCUA